AUGACCAACCUCUCAGACUACCGUCUCCUCUGCUUCGACGUCUACGGUACUCUAAUAGACUGGGAAAGCGGCAUCAUCACCGCAUUAGCACCAGUUCUCUCAAACAGCACCACUCAGUUCACCCGCGAACACCUCCUAACAACCUACCACGAGCUUGAAAGCACCCAACAAAUCGCAACUCCGGACCUUCCAUACUCAGACCUGCUAUCAGCAAUCCACCCCACUCUCGCCGCGCGCCUAGGCCUCAGCCCGCCAACCGAGGAGGAAAGCCGCCAAUUCGGCAAUUCCGUCGGAACCUGGCCGGCCUUCCCAGAUACCGUCGAUGCCCUGCGCCGACUAUCAAAGCACUACAAGCUGGUGGUGCUGUCGAACGUAGACCGGGCUUCAUUCGCCAAGUCCAAUGCCGGAAGUUUGCAAGGCGUACUAUUUGAUCUGAUUCUUACCGCGCAGGAUAUUGGCAGUUAUAAGCCUGACCCUCGGAACUUUGAGUACAUGUUGAGUGCUGUGCAGCGCGAGUUUGGGGUUGGGCCUGAGCAGGUUUUGCAGACGGCGCAGAGCCAAUUCCAUGAUCAUCAACCUGCGAAGAAGGUGGGCAUUAAGUCGGUUUGGAUUGAGAGGCCUGGGGCUUUGAUGGGAAACCGCGGGGAUACGAUCUUUGAUUGGCGAUUUAAUACUCUGGGCGAAAUGGCUGAUGCUGUUGAAGCAGAGUAG